ACGCCACCUCCACUUCUCAACCUCGCACCACCACACACAACCAGAGCCUGAAGAUAUCACCUCGCGGCAAUCUCGCUCUCUCUCUCUCUCUCUCUCCCUCCCUCCCUCCGAACGUAGCCUGGACGGCCUCUCCGUUCCCCGGGCCUCUCCGAUCGUCUUCCUCCUCUCCGGCGAGCCUCGAUCACCGGCGUAGCAAGGUAGGUAGGCAGGUAGGUAGGCGGGGGUAAUACCCGGGACAGUCAAGUUGCGGACAUCACGGCUAUACACGGAGCAACGCCGCCUCUACUCAUACAUGUCCGGGCCGCGCGUGGCAAGGGUUGUCAUUGCUUGAUCGUGAACGUCGGCAACCCUUCGCCGCACGGCGGGCGCGGCGCUCUCCCCUCCGAAGGCGGCAGCCCCUCCGAUCUCCUCUUCCUCGCCGGCGGCGGUCCCCUCUCCCCCUCUUCCCUCUACUAAAGCUAUUAACAUAGAGGUUAAGUUUUUAGGUAUUACCUCCGUCCAGUUUCGCUGUGAUUCGUGGGAAACAAGUGUCGAGGGGGGAUUAGAUCUGUCUGGUUCCAGUUGCUUGAGAAUCGCUAGGGUCUGUUUGGGGCUUUUGGUUCAUCACCGUUGGAGAAAGGGACUUAGCUAGAAAGAGUAGGAAAAGAUGACGCUCAGGAUUAAGAGGGUUCCGACUGUAGUUUCCAACUACCAGAAAGAGGAAGGUGAGGAGGGUGCUCGCCGCGGCGGGGGUUGCGGCCGGAAUUGCCUCAACAAAUGCUGCAUUGCAGGGGCAAAGAUCCCUUUGUAUGCUUUCAAGAGGGCGAACUUUGUUGCUGAUGAGAAGGCUCUGAUUGUGGGUGAGACUCCGGAACCGCCCGUUGCCUUUCUAGACUCGCUCCUUCUGGGGGAGUGGGAGGACCGCAUGCAGAGGGGCCUAUUUCGCUACGACGUAACUGCCUGCGAAACUAAGAUCAUACCUGGUGGGUAUGGAUUUAUUGCCCAGCUGAACGAGGGUCGCCAUCUCAAGAAGAGGCCAACUGAAUUCCGUGUCGAUAAGGUCCUCCAGCCCUUUGAUGGAAGCAAGUUCAACUUCACUAAAGUUGGGCAGGAAGAGAUCCUCUUCCAGUUUGAAGCAAGUGAAGAUGGUGAAGUGCAAUUCUUCCCAAAAGCUCCAAUUGAUGCAGACAACUCCCCUAGUGUCGUGGCUAUAAAUGUUAGUCCCAUUGAAUAUGGGCAUGUGCUGUUGAUUCCUCGUGUCCUCGAAUGCUUGCCUCAGAGGAUUGACCGCGAAAGCUUCUCUCUUGCACUUUAUAUGGCUGCAGAAGCUGGGAAUCCAUACUUCCGUCUUGGUUACAACAGCUUGGGUGCCUUUGCCACCAUCAAUCAUCUUCAUUUUCAGGCAUACUACUUGGCAGUUCCCUUUCCGAUAGAGAAGGCUCCUACCCAGAAAUCAACUGCUUUAAAAUCUGGAGUUACAAUCUUUGAACUUGUCAAUUAUCCAGUGAGAGGUCUUGUUUUUGAGGGUGGAGACACCGUGCAAGAUUUAUCCAAUGCAGUUUCUGACUCCUGCAUAUGCCUCCAAGAUAACAACAUCCCCUACAAUGUCCUGAUCUCUGAUUGUGGGAAGCGAAUUUUUCUCUUACCCCAGUGCUACGCCGAGAAGCAAGCUCUAGGGGAAGUGAAUCCAGAACUUCUGGACACCCAGGUGAACCCAGCUGUCUGGGAAAUCAGUGGGCAUAUUGUCCUGAAGAGGAAGGAGGACUUUGAGGAGGCAUCCGAAGAAAAUGCUUGGCGCCUUCUUGCAGAGGUUUCUCUUUCCGAGGAGAGAUUCCAAGAAGUGAAUGCUCUGAUAUUUGAAGCCAUUGCAUCUGUCGGAAAUGGUGGGCAGGCCAUCACUCCUAGCACGACCGACAAGCCCGAUGUGGAACCUCAAGCACUGGAAGAGGCUGAUGUCAUGAAGCAGAGCUCCCACCCUGCAAUGGUGGCUGGAUCAUCAGGGUGCCUGGUCCUGCAGUGACAACUGGGUAUAUGAGGGAGUGGAACAGGUACUUUUUGUAUCUACAAGCCGACCGUCGUGGUUUGGCAUAGUGCAGUAUUGGUACCCCCCUGUCGAUGCUACUAAUUGAUAGAAUAAGCGAACCAUGUUUUGCACGGUACGUCAUGUAUUAGCAGUGUAGCUGCUUGUGUAUGCUGUGUACUAUUUCCUCUUCAUGUAGUCCGGGGCGUGUUCUAUGGAUGUCCACUGUUGAUUAUGUGAACUACUGUGUCAUAUAUGC